AUGCACGGACGACGCCGUGUAAAGCCGACUGCAGAGGCUGAACGUGCACGCAAAGAGAAAGAGGCCGUCAAGAUUAAAGAAUAUAGACAACUUAGAUCAAAUCAUGAAUACACUCAGGAUGCAUUCGAAAUAACGACCAAGAUUUUAUGGCAGAAUCCUGACUUUUAUACAAUAUGGAAUUUCCGAAGGAAUAUACUCAUACAUGGACUCUUAAAAGACGCACCAGAAGAUCAAAGGCAAGAGUCAUUGUCUGAAGAACUCGUCUUUCUUCAAGAAAUUUUUCAAUCGAAUCCAAAGUCCUAUUGGAUAUUUAAUCAUCGUCAUUGGUGUCUUGAAACCAUGCCUAAUCCCGACUGGAAGAAAGAAUUAUAUCUUGUCGAGAAGAUGUUGGAACUGGAUGCAAGAAAUUUCCAUGGGUGGGAUUAUCGACGCUAUGUUAAGUCUAAACUUGUUAAUAGUAUGCAACCCAAAGAUCUCUUACAGACAGACUUGGACUUUACCAAAAAGAAGCUGGAGCAGAACUUUUCCAACUAUUCCGCUUGGCAUCAGCGGAGUAAGUUGUUGCCCCAUCUAUUGUCAGAUGCGAAUGAAGACGAGAGAAAAAGAUUAAUUGAUGAAGAAUUCGGAAUUGCCAAGUCGGCUAUUUACACGGAUCCUGAUGAUCAGAGUGCUUGGCUGUAUUACUGGUGGCUGCUUGGGAGAGAACCACACCGUAUCCCCGUUCCUGGUGAUAGUAUACACGAAGAGUCUUCGGUGGCAUUAGUAACAAUAAAAGGAGAUCGAUCCACUAUAAUAGCUGAUGAAAUAGAAGAAUUUAAAGAACUGCUCGAAGAAGAGUCAAACAGCAAAUGGUGUCUACAGACGCUUAUGCAUUUGUAUCAAGAACUCAAAUACGCCAAGAAGCUAGAUGAUUCUGAAGUGUGUAAAUUUAAUGAUGAAAUAGUGGGGAUCUGUGACCGAUUGAUUAAGAUUGAUAGUAUGAGAGCCCGUCGUUACGAGGAUAUACGUAAUAAUCUCAAGUGA